UUAAUAAGGGCUAGGGGCCAUAGUUAGCGCUAACAGCCGACAUUCUCCAGAUUCUCCAGAUAUUUCCUGUUAAUCAAUUUCGUCAUAUUGCCUCGGACCUUCGAACUACCGUUGAACCCUUCGCCCCGACCCGCAGAUACGGCGCAACCCAAAAGAGAAAAAGAAGAAAAAAAACAUAACCUAUCGAAGCGGCGCUUCUUUGCUACUGCAUAAACACCUAAACGCAGCUAGCUAAUCGGCUUUGUUGAACAAAGAGACGCAAACAUAACUGGAUAGCUUCCUCCUACUCCUUACUCCUACCCCGAUCGAGCAAUUCGCGCACCGAUACCGAGUUACUUGCCGCGCCAGAAUAUUGCAGCGACCAAAGGAGCUACUGCCGACGAUUUUCGGAAAUCAGGAUGCGCCUAUAGACUUUGGCCACUGAUCGCUCGGGCGCUUUGAUACAAUUUAGAACGUCUUUAACGCCUGUCACCAACCUUAUUCGUAUUACGCGUUGGUUUAGGAAAAGCCAGUUGACCUUGCAACGUGAUGGGGGCCUGUAUGAGCUCAAAUAAAGAAGAGGAGGAGCAGAAAAAACGUAGUCAAGCUAUCGACCGCGCGCUUGAUGAGGACUCAAAGAGAUUACGGCGAGAAUGCAAGAUUCUAUUGCUUGGCUCCGGCGAGAGCGGGAAGUCAACAAUCGUUAAGCAAAUGAAGAUUAUCCACUUGAAAGGUUAUUCGGAAGAUGAACUGUUUAACUACCGCGCGACCGUUUUUAAGAACCUGAUCGAAUGCGCCAAAGCCGUUAUUAUCGCAAUGGACCAGUUUGACAUCGAGCCGCAUAGCGAAGAAAUCAAGGGUUAUAGUGAUUACCUGUUAGCAUAUACGGUCGAGUCGGGUCCCUCAGCGCAUAUCGAACAGAAGGUCUCUACGGCAGUAAACGCAUUAUGGCAUGAUCCUUCUAUCGAGCAGUUAAUGCAACAUUCCACCGAAUUCUACCUAAUGGACUCGGCUGAAUACUUCUUCGACGAGGCAUCACGAAUAUGCGCCCCAGAUUACCUACCAAAUGAAAUGGACGUUCUCCGCGCGCGAACGAAGACGACAGGUAUUUACGAGACUCGAUUUCAGAUGGGGGCCCUCAGUAUUCACAUGUUUGAUGUCGGUGGCCAACGAAGCGAACGGAAGAAGUGGAUUCAUUGCUUUGAGAAUGUAACAUCAAUCAUAUUCUGCGUGGCGCUCAGCGAGUACGAUCAGGUACUACUUGAAGAAAGUAGUCAGAACCGAAUGAUGGAGAGCUUGUUACUUUUUGAUUCGGUCGUCAACUCGAGGUGGUUUAUGAGAACAAGUAUAAUAUUGUUCUUAAACAAAGUCGACAUAUUCAAAGUCAAGCUUCCAAAAUCACCACUAGGAAAUUACUUCCCGGACUAUUCUGGCGGUAACGACGUCAACAAGGCGGCAAAGUACCUAUUGUGGAGGUUUAACCAAGUAAAUAGGGCACACCUAAACCUAUACCCUCAUUUGACUCAAGCCACGGAUACUUCCAACAUCCGUUUGGUGUUUGCGGCUGUGAAAGAAACGAUACUCAAUAAUGCACUUAAGGAUUCUGGCAUCUUGUGAUUUCGACUUUCUUGAUGUUUAGGGCCCCAUAAGGCCCAUCUUGCCUAAUUUGAAGGCGGCAACCAAAAAAAGCAUUGGGAAGGAGUUCAGGCAGGGAUUCUUGCGACAUUUUUCUUUCUUUGUUUUAUUGUUUUAUGGCAAGGCGUCAGGGACUCGACAAUUUCACCAGUUUUAAUAUGUUCAAGGCAUAUGGAAUGAUGCGGAAUAGCGGGCAGAAAAAUUCAGUGGCCAUAAGUUCUGGCAAGAGACGGUUAAUGUUCGUUUCUACUUAGAAGGUGUUGCCCAAUGCUUGAGAGCCACCGGAUAUAACAAUCGAUAUAAGAUCGAUUAUGGACGAGAAGGGGGAGGACACGACUGGCAUAACUCGCAGAGACGAGUUUUAUCGAGAGCCGGUCAUUGAAGAGGCUGGCAGCUCAUAGUCUACCCCCCUCCCACGAGAUAGUUAUCAGUAAAUACCUACCUACAAUAGGUAUCUACAAUGUAGACCAAUGAAAAUUGGCAUCUUUCAAGGUGCGAGAAACAAUGAAGCUAAAGAUUUGAUACU